AAUGUCAACAAUUGAUAUCCGCGUUGAAAAUUCAUAAAUUUUCAAUUGUGCUUUUAUUUGUUUAUUUCUGCGACGCGCGCGUUCAGCUAUCUCUGAGCGAGGGUCAAUUGCCACGUAUUCUCUCCCCCUAAUAUACUGCGCAAGACAGAGUUUCUUUAUUAUUCAAAAUAUAAAGAUUUUUUUGCUUUUCGACGAGAAUAUAAAAAGCCGAUUUAAUAAUGAAUAGACUUCAGUCCAGUUUAAAGAAUCCUCUCACGAUGACUAUUCUUAACACUAUCAAGAGUUCGACGGCUGGUUUCAAGACUGUCAGUCACUGCAUCUUCGACAUGGAUGGCUUAUUAUUAGACACAGAAACAUUGUAUACUCUCGUGACACAAAACAUUCUUGACGAAUAUAGUCCGGGUAAGAUAUAUACAUGGGAGUUAAAAGUCACUCUAAUGGGACUACAGAAAGAAGAUGUUUCAAAGAAAAUUGUGGAAAUUUUUGAUCUCCCAAUUACAUGGGAAGAAUACGCUGAAUUAGCUCAAGCACAAAUUGAAGAUCUUAUGAAGAAUUGUCGCUUGAUGCCAGAUACGGAAAAAAUUUAUGAAAAGGCUGUUGAAAAUAUAGCAAAGAAAUACAACCGACCAUAUCCAUGGGAUGUAAGAAUGAAAAUUCUUGGAACUAUUGAACGACGAACAUGUGAAAUAGCUGUUAAAGAAUUAAAAUUGCCUUGUACAGUUGAUGAUUUUCAACGUCAAUUUGUGCAAAUUACUCUUAAGAAUCUUGAAAAUGUUUAUUUAUUCAAAGGCGCUGAACGUUUAGUGAGACAUCUUCAUGAGAACAACGUGCCCAUUUGUUUAGCAACUUCAAGUUCAAAGGAAUCUGUUGAAGUUAAAACAACUCAUCACAAAGAAUUGUUCAAUUUAUUCCAUCACAAAGUCAUGGGUUCAAGUGAUCCUGAAGUUAAGGAAGGAAAACCAGCACCAGAUAUUUUCCUUGUUGCUGCUAAGCGUUUUCCAGAUUCACCCAAACCAGAUGAUGUAUGUUUAGUGUUUGAAGACGCUCCAAAUGGAUGCAAAGCUGCAAGAUCAGCUGGCAUGCAAGUUGUUAUGGUUCCUGAUUCACAUGUCUCAGAAAAUCAAAAACAAGACGCCACAGUUGUGUAUAAAUCACUUUUGGACUUUAAGCCUGAAGAUUUCGGCUUACCACCGUACAAAGAUAAUUAAAUUAAAAUAAUCAUUUCACUGUAAAGGGAAUUCAUUUAUGAAAUAUAAACAUGACUUUGUCUGCUGCUAAAAUUCAAUAAAUGAAAUUUAUUUAGUUUCCAAAGCAUUAAAAGAA